AUGGCCAGGAGACUACAGGCUAACCUGGUGAGAAAGAAAGCGAAUAUUAUGUCUUCUCCUUAUGAUCAUCAGUUGCAAGAAAUGGGAAUGUGGGUAUUUGGUGGAGGUUUUAUGUUUAAUGUUAAUAAUAUGUACAUUAAUGAUAAUAUUGAAUUGGAACAAUUUAGUGUCUUUAUGCAAAAAGAUGAAUUUAGACCCUUAUUUUCCACCAUAGAGAAAAUUAACCUACAAUCAAUCAGAGAACUAAAGACAAGAGCCUUGGUACAACAUCAAAAGACCAAGGACUAUGCUUUCCUGGCACCUAGCACAUUUUCAGGCCUACUAAAUGAGAUAAGCAGGACUCAAGACCAAGGUAGAGGACUUGAAAUGGUGUUAAUGUACACUGGGGUAGCUGAGGUGGAGGUGUGGAAUAUAGUGGAGUACCAACAUGAUGCAGAGCCGAGAGAAUGGCUGUCUGCUCUAAGUUCAUUACAGAACAUUAGAAACCAUGAUCUCAAAGAGGAGAAGCUGGGGCCCAGUCUCAUCACUGUACCUGUGGCAAGAAGGAUGUCUAUGCCUAAUGACACCCGGUUCCAUCCUUCGUCAUUCCUUCUGCUGGGCAUCCCAGGGCUAGAGGACAUGCAUGUCUGGAUUGGAUUCCCCUUUCUCUUUGUGUAUCUUGUUGCCCUCCUGGGGAAUGCUGCUGUCCUGUUCGUGAUCCGGACUGAGCAUAGUCUCCAUGAGCCCAUGUACUACUUCCUGGCCAUGUUGGACACCAUCGACCUGGGCCUGUCCACAGCCACCAUCCCCAAAAUGCUGGGCAUUUUCUGGUGUGCCAGCAUCAAACUGAAUAUAAUGUUUGGCCUUGGCAACAUUUCUCUCUUAUUAUUGGAUGUGCUCCUAAUUAUUCUCUCUUAUGCCAGGAUCCUCUAUGCAGUCUUUUGCCUGCCUUCCUAGGAGGCUCGACUCAAAGCCCUCAACACCUGUGGAUCCCAUAUUGGUGUUAUCUUAGCCUUUUUCAUACCUGCCUUUUUCUCUUUCUUGACACAUCGCUUUGGCUAUAAUAUUCCCCGAUAUGUCCAUAUUCUCUUAGCCAAUCUCUAUGUGGUUGUUCCUCCAGCCCUCAAUCCUGUAAUCUAUGGGGUCCGGACCAAGCAGAUUAGGGAGCGAGUUUUGAGGAUUUUUUAA